AAAAAUGAUUUCAACAAUGACCCCUCUUCUCUUUGAUCCCACACGUUUUCUUAUAUAUUCACACAUUUCUAAACCAAUCUCAUCAAUCUUCUCCUUGCCAACUUUCUUUCUACCCCACUUUCCCGCUAUCCUUUCUGUGAAUUGAUCAAUAACUCUCAAAUGGAUCCAAUGGACUCGCUUAACACCACCAGCAAGAUUGCGCAAAAGGUAAGAGAAGACACUACUAACCUUGAAUCAGAACCUGUAGAUCCAUACUACAGCAACAAUGAAAAAGCGAUGACCGGUUGUCUAAAUAUUGGAGACUGCAUAAAGAGAAAGAGCACGGGAGGCUGGAAGUCUGCAACACUCUUGUUGGCAAAUCAAGGCCUUGCAACACUCGCUUUUUUUGGUGUUGGUGUGAACUUGGUCUUGUUCUUAACCCGAGUCAUAGGGCAAGACAAUGCCAAUGCUGCCAAUAGCGUCAGCAAGUGGACUGGGACUGUCUAUUUGUGCUCACUGGUGGGAGCGUUCCUUAGCGAUUCCUACUGGGGCCGUUACCUAACCUGUGCCAUUUUUCAGUUGAUAUUUGUGUUGGGUUUGGUUCUAUUAUCGCUAUCUUCUUGGCUUUUCUUGAUCAAACCUGAAGGUUGUGGCAGUGUAGAAACUUUUUGCACGCCCAAUUCUUCAAUUGGCACAGCCACGUUUUACAUGGCUAUCUACUUAGUGGCGUUUGGAUAUGGCGGGCAUCAACCCACGCUAGCCACAUUCGGAGCAGACCAAUUCGAAGAGACAAAUCCUAAAGAAAAGAGUUCUAAAGCUGCUUUCUUCAGCUAUUUCUACUCUGCACUCAACGUCGGCUCCGUCUUCUCCAACACCAUUUUGGUUUAUUACGAGGAUGUUGGUAAUUGGACGCUCGGGUUUUGGGUAUCCACUGGAUCUGCUGUCAUAGCCCUAGUGUUAUUUCUGUUAGGAUCACCGGGGUAUAGGUAUGUUAAACCAUGUGGCAACCCUUUGGCACGUGUCGCUCAAGUAUUUGUCGCAGCAGCUAGGAAAUGGAAUGUGGUCCCAGCUGAUAAGAAUGGAUUAUAUGAGUUGGAAGGAUCAGAGUCUGCAAUUAAAGGGAGUAGAAAGAUUGUUCACAGCAAUGAAUUCGAGUGUUUGGACAAAGCAGCAACCUUGACAGAUAAAAAUGAGAGUGAAAACGGCUUAACAAACCCAUGGAGACUUUGCACCGUCACACAAGUGGAAGAAGCCAAAUGCAUUAUAAGAAUGUUACCCAUUUGGCUAUGCACAAUCAUAUACUCGGUUGUAUUCACUCAAAUGGCUUCGCUCUUCGUGGAACAAGGACAGGCCAUGAAUGCGAAAAUUGUUGGUGGUUUCCAUGUCCCAGCAGCAAGCAUGUCGACUUUUGACAUCUUCAGUGUCCUAAUUUGCACCGGCAUUUAUUGCCAAGUCCUAGUGCCAAUAACCGGUAGGUUAAGUGGAAACCCCAAGGGCAUAACCGAGCUUCAAAGAAUGGGUGUUGGGCUUAUCAUUGGAAUGCUAGCUAUGGUUGCAGCAGGUGUUACCGAGAUAGAAAGGCUAAAAAGGGUAACUCCUGAAAACCAUUCAAGCUCUUUAAGCAUUUUUUGGCAAGUACCACAAUAUGUCCUUGUUGGGGCGUCUGAGGUUUUUAUGUAUGUGGGACAAUUAGAGUUCUUUAAUGGGCAAGCGCCAGAUGGGAUAAAAAGCUUUGGAAGCUCGUUGUGUAUGGCAUCGAUAUCACUUGGCAAUUAUGUUAGUAGCUUGCUUGUUAACAUGGUGAUGGGGAUCACAGCUAGAGGUAAGAGCCCGGGUUGGAUCCCUGAUGAUCUAAAUAAUGGCCACAUGGACCGGUUUUACUUCCUUAUCGCGGUCCUAACAGCAGCUGAUUUUGUGAUCUAUGUUUAUUGCGCAAAGUGGUAUAAUUGUAUCAAUGUUGAGGAAAGCAAGAUGGGACUUGAGAACGAUGGACAAUUUGCAGAAGAAAAAGCACUCAAUAGAGUGUAAUUUUCCAAAUUUGACUCCUCCAAUCUUGUUUAGAAUGAUAAUCAUGAAAAAGGAAAAAAAUAGAAUAAUCAUAUCGAGUAUUUUCUUGUGAUUGUAGAGGGGUUGAACAAUGAUAAGGUCGAUAGAAUCGUUAAGGUUGGCAUGUAUGCAGGCUUAUUUCGGGCUAUAUUUUGUUGUUAAGGACAUGUUUAGAGCCUUCUCUGUAAGGUUGUUUUGCAUUAAGCAAUUUUUGCUCAAUCGUUUUUUCCUUUCA